UUUAGAAGCGUAUUGGGGUUUGCUAUCGAAGGAAAUAUUAAGGCAGGGAUGCGGAUUCAGAUUAUCUUAACAGGUUUUCUAUCUUUAAAUACUGAGACAAAAAUAUUUUUAAGUUUGUUUUUCUCUCACUUGUUUUUUAAAUAUAUUUAAUUAUUUAUGAAAUGUGAAAGGAUUUAACAUGUCCAUUAUGACUCCAAAAUGACAGAGAAAUACAGAUGUUAAUGAAGGGUCAGUGUUUCUAAGAUUAUAGUCUGAAACAAAAUCUUUAUAGAGACGGAUAUAGAAAAUUUUAAUGUUUUAUUUAGUUGAUGAACAUUUAUCAUUUAUUUUGACAACAAUUUUAUUUAAAAAUACGUAAGUAUAAACUAUGAAUGUGUCGGAUGUGGAAACAACUACAAUGGCACCGGAGUUAAAUAAAACAUUUUUUGAAAAGACAAAAUCCGUACCAACUGACAGAAGUACCGAACAAAUGGUUCAUCAAAAUAUAACCCCACAUUACAGCGACUACUACGACUACCCAGAUCUUAUUUAUAUGAACUACCCUAGAGAACUUAAAAGCGUGCCAGCCUGGGAGAUGACAUUAAAAAUAUCACUUUACGUGGCAAUUAUUCUAUUUGCCAUUGCCGGAAACCUUUUAAUUAUAAUUGUUGUGGCAAAAAAUAAAAGAAUGAGAUCGACUACUAAUUUUUUCAUUGUGAACCUUGCGGUGUCUGAUCUAUUGGUCACCCUGUGUUGUACCUGGGUUCGUUUAGUUGAUGAUCUAACAGAAGGAUGGGUGCUUGGAAGUUUCUUCUGUAAAGUUAACUCAUUUGCACAAGUUGCUGUCCUUGUAGCAAGCGUGUUUUCCCUGAUCCUAAUAGCUUGUGAUAGGUUCUUCGGAAUCGUUUUUGCCAUGAAAGCGCAUAUAAUUGAACGUAAGGCUAGUACAUCCAUCGUGAUUAUUUGGAUAUGUGCCAUUGCCGUAGCAACACCGCUUCUCAUUGUUCGAAAGCUGGAAUCAGUAACCUGGCAAAACCAUGUUGAAAUAUGGUGUGAUGAUGAUUGGCCAUUAAAGAUUACAGAAAAUCCAGACACAGGAAUGACGGAAUAUUCCCGUCCAAGUAGAAAAGCAUAUUACACAGUGUUGACAGUGGCUUUAUAUUUUCUGCCCAUGGUAUUCAUGGCUGCAAUAUAUAGUUUAAUAAUAUUGACAGUUUGGUUUGCUCGGUCUCCGGGAGAAAGAGUGUCAGGCAAAGAAAUAAAACUUCAAAAACGAGUAAAACGAAAGGUUGUGAAGAUGCUUAUUAUCAUCAUGACAACAUUUGGCCUGUGCUGGAUGCCACUAAAUAUCAAUAUAUUAUAUAUAGAGUUCAGAACAAACAAAUCGGCUCCGUUACCCUCGUGGUAUGACAUUCUACAAUUCAUAUCAUAUACGAUUGCCUAUGCUAACAGCGCCCUGAACCCGCUGAUAUAUGCCGGUUUCAAUGAAAACUUUAGAAAAGGGUUUCGUUCCUUAUUUGGAUGCUACGAAAGAAAGUUGUACGCCGCAAUAUCUCGAGCGGAUUCCAUGUAUAACACUUCAACAAGUAACAUGACCCAUGCGACAAAACUUCAAACAACCGAUGUACAAGCAUUCAGGCUUGACACCUGCUCACCAAAUCAAAUGUCAAGUCAAAGUGAAUAAGUUUUAGCGAACAAAGCAUAUCAUUAUGUAGUCAUUUUUCGUUUUUCAUCGAAUCCUAAAUGUUUUCACCUAUAUCACCCAGAGUCAAAUCAUUAAGUCAGUCAUUGAUUGAUCGUUUAUAUCUUCUUGUGCGGUGUUCCUGGGUACUAUGAUCAAACCUUUAUUUGUAAUACAAAUAUAAAACAAUUAACAAGUUCACCCUUAUUAAUGUUGAUAGAUAUUUGUCACAUUAAUAUUCUAUGACUUGUGUUAAAUUAAAUAUGUUGUUAAAGACUCAAGAGAAUGUUGUUGAACACUGUUGGAUAUCACCGCCUAAAAAGCUUAUAUAAGUUAACUUUAAACUAUUAUGUGUGUGAGAAUAAUAAUAGCUUAUGACCACUUGGUUUGCCUUUUAAAAGCUGAAGAAGGUAUAUACACCUCUUUUUAAUGAGUCGUGCAUUUCUUGAUCUGGCCGGAUUUUAACGAAGAUAUAUACAGUCAUGUACAAUCCCAUUUCGAGCAUGCGCAAAAGUGUACGGAUACAUGUAACCAAAGAAAGGACAAAACGCACACCCUAGUGUAUAUGAGAAAUAAAAGUAAUAAUUAUGAAAAGAAAUAACAAGUUAUAUUAUUUACCAUGCGCUACAAUAUUUAUUAUUAUAAUAACUAUAACCCGUUUUGAAUCUUUACCAAACGUUAAAAGAAAUACCUCAGUCAAAGAAAUAUUCUUCAAAAAGUUUAGCGUAAAGUUAACUGUUAUAUUAUGAG